AAUCCAGGUGGUUUUUCUAGUCGGAAAUCUUUAUCAGUCUUGUGCAUGACUCUGAAAAUUGAAAACAUUGAAAAUAUUUAAACAUGAUAAUAGGCAAUGGCAUUAUGCUUUAUGCAUUUAUGCCGCUUUUGAAUAAUGGACAAUAUUGAUAUUUAUGUUAGGUGUUAAACUUUAAUUCUAUUUAGUUCGUUCUACCCAGGAUUUAACUAUUGAAAGUCCAAUAAUUCACAUUUUUUGUGGUUCCAAGUAGCAUUUGCCUUUUCAAUCUUACGAAAAUAUCCGUUGCUCAAGUUAUUUAUUUGAAUUAACAAUGGCACUAAACUACAGUUCUAUCGAUGAUGACGGUGCCUUUUCAUUCCGGAAUCUUGAAAGAAAUGCCAAACUUGAAAAAAUGGGACUUAAAAUGCCUAGUUUUCGAAAAACUGGUACUACAAUCGUAGGAGUGACUACUCGCGAUUGUGUCAUUUUGGCUGCAGAUACACGUGCUACUUCUGACACUAUUGUUAUGGAAAAAAAUUGUGAAAAAAUUCAUUACAUUGGCAAAUAUAUGCAUUGUUGCGGUGCUGGUACAGCAGCAGAUACUAUGCAAGUUACACGCAUGGUCUCUGCUAAUGUUUCCUUACAAGCAUUCAAGUUUCCUGAUGAAAUGGUUCCUGUUGCAUUUGCUGCUAGGUCUCUCCGUCAAUAUCUUUUCAAAUACAUGGGGUAUGUUUCAGCCGCAUUAAUUUUGGGUGGUGUUGAUAAUAGUGGUUCACACUUAUAUUCCAUUUACCCUCAUGGUUCAAUAGAUAAAUUACCUUAUAUAUCAAUGGGAUCAGGAAGUAUGGCAGCUAUUUCAGAACUUGAAAGUCGCUGGAAUGAAAAUCUAACUGAAGAAGAAGGCAUGAAACUAGCAUGCGAUGCUAUUUUAGGCGGUGUAUUUAAUGAUCUUGGAUCUGGAAGUAAUGUGGAUCUAUGUAUUAUAAAAAAAGAUGGAACUCGUAUGCUCAGAAACUACCUGACACCUAAUAAAAAGCCAGCAACUGCUAAAUAUGUCUAUCCAACUGGUUUGACCAAAGUGUUAAGCAAAAGUGAAAUCAAAUUCCAAAUUGCAGAAGAAACUGUCAUGGAAGUUGAUUCUUAAAUUUUUUUUUCCAAGUAUAAACAAUUAUUUUUACAUUUUAUAAUUUUCAACAAAAGUGUUGUUUAAUUGGUACUGGUGUCAACAUUUAUUUAUGUAAAAUACUGAUGUUAACAAAAAAUAUAUUUAAAAUUAUGUUUUCUUGAAAAUGUUAAUAAAUUAUUAAUUUCGAUGCA